AUGGUGUUUUGGGUUAGGAGGGUGAAUGACAGGCUGACGACUAUUAAGAUAGUUGUUGGAGGUUUUACUUUGAACAUAAUCAGUGCAUAUGCACCCCAAGCAGGCUUGGAUGAGGAAGGCAAGAGACGUUUCUGGGAGGAUUUGGAUGUGAUGGUGCGUGGUAUCCUGCAUACCGAGAAGCUUUUCAUAGGAGGAGAUUUCAACGGCCACAUUGGAGCGUCGUCUGGGGGGUAUGAUGAUGUGCAUGAUGGCUUUGGUUUUGGAGAUAGAAAUGAAGGAGGAACAUCUGUGCUGGACUUUGCUAUAGUAUUUGAUUUGGUGAAAGCAAACUCGAGUUUUCCCGAGAAGAUAGAGCACUUGGUCAUCUUCCGGAGUUCGAUAGCCGAGACUCAGAUUGAUUAUCUACUCUACAGGAAGUCCGAUAGAGGUCUUUGCAUGGAUUGCAAGGUCAUCCCGAAGGUGGAAGGAAAAGUGGAAACCAAGAAAGCGGCGUAUCUGAAGCUAGUGGAAAGUGUAGACGAGGAGGAGAAAAGGGCGAAUAGGGAGCAAUAUAAGUUGGAUAAGAAGGAGACGAAGUUAGCAGUUACGGCGGCCAAGACUGUAACCUUUAGUCAUUUGUAUGAGGAACUUGAGGGCCGAGGUAUGGACAAGAGGUUGUUCAG